UCGACGUUGACCACCGCUGCGUUCUGCGGGAAGUUUCGAGAACGUACACAGGCGGCAAUAUCGGUAGGCGACGUGGGUGCAGGGCUCAGUUCACUACGAAGAACGUUUCAGCGCGGACGCGGAGUGAGUCCGAGUGUUGUAGGAAACGUGCGCGGUCAUCCUUCACAGCGGCACUCGCCUCGUCGCGUUUACGCAGUAGUGGGAGCGAUUUUAACAAACUAUUUAACACGCCGUGAAAAUGGUUAAGGAAACUACAUUUUAUGACGUAUUGGGCGUAAAGCCUGGAUGCUCGCAAGAAGAUCUGAAGAAGGCCUAUAGAAAGCUUGCUCUGAAAUAUCAUCCCGAUAAGAAUCCUAAUGAGGGCGAAAAGUUUAAGCAAAUUUCUCAAGCGUACGAAGUAUUGUCAAACCCGGAAAAGAAGCGUAUUUAUGAUCAAGGUGGUGAGCAAGCUUUGAAAGAAGGUGGCAUGGGUGGUAGCGGCUUCUCUUCUCCUAUGGAUAUCUUUGACAUGUUCUUUGGUGGAGGUUUUGGUGGUCGAAGUAGGGGGAGAAGAGAACGCAGAGGGCAAGAUGUUAUGCAUCAAUUAUCAGUUUCUCUUGAAGAACUUUACAAGGGAACUGUGCGUAAACUUGCUCUACAAAAGAAUGUUAUCUGCGAGAAAUGUGAAGGUAUUGGUGGUAAGAAAGGUUCCGUUGAACAAUGUUCGACGUGUCAUGGCUCUGGUUUGCAAGUACAAAUCCAGCAAUUAGGUCCGGGAAUGUUGCAACAUUUGCAAACGAUGUGUACAGAUUGCAAGGGUCAAGGAGAACGUAUCAAUCCUCGUGAUCGUUGCAAAUAUUGUAAUGGAAGAAAGACUAUUAGAGAUAGAAAGAUACUUGAGGUCCACGUUGAUCCGGGUAUGAUUGAUGGUCAAAAGAUCACUUUCAGCGGUGAAGGUGAUCAAGAACCAGAUUACGAACCUGGCGAUAUAGUUAUUCUUCUUGAAGAAAAAGAGCACGACGUAUUCAAGCGUUCAAGAAACGAUCUGAUCAUGCGAAUGCAACUAGAACUCGUAGAGGCAUUAUGUGGAUUCCAGAAAGUUAUUCGUACGUUGGAUGGUAGAGAUUUAGUGAUAACCUCACUUCCCGGCACUGUGACGAAGCACGGUGAUUUGAAAUGCAUCUUGAACGAAGGCAUGCCGAUUUAUAAGGAUCCAUUCACACACGGCAGACUCAUAAUACAAUUUGUAGUCAAUUUCCCGAAGAGUAUAGAACCGUCACUUAUUCCGUCGUUGGAACAAUGUCUGCCGCCGAGGGAAGAGGUCAUAAUUCCAGAUGGAGCCGAGGAAUGCAUACUUACUGAUUUGGAUCCUGAACAAGAACAAAGGCGGAGAGAUACGAGACAAGCGUAUGAAGAGGACGAGGGAGGUCCAUCGCGAGUUCAAUGUGCCACACAUUAAUUUGAUUACUCUAACCCUGUAAUAAACAUAGCCGUUUCUUUCAUUUCGAACUCUCUGUCCCAUUCGCUCGACUUCGUCAUAUUAAAGAAAGAAACAACAUGGAUAUGUAGAUGAAUUGUUCAAUGAGUGAAAAAAAGAAAUUGAAAUAAUUCAUAUUUGGACAUGCGCAAAACAGUGAGUACUACAAUUAUUGAUUCUUUAAUGAUUCUUACGCGAAGAUUAUGUGAUCUUGAAAGUAGAUAAUCAUUAUCGGCUAAUGACAAAACUUUAUUAUGUUGGAAAUAUAUCGAAAGUAAGAAAGCGCAAAUUCUGAUAAAGCAUCUUGAGAAGAUUUAUUAGUUUGGCUUUGGUAGAGGAUCUCGUUGAAAGUAUGUACUUAUCAUUAUAUAUAAUGAUAAGGAAAUUUAACUUUAUUUAGAUCUAAAUGCGAAGUUUUAAUUCCGUUCGUGAAUUGCAGCGUGUAAUGACAUGCGUCAUCCUUGAACAUCGCGAUUAUGUCUGCUGUUUGACCAAUUGUAUCGUUCCAAUAACCAGCUAGCAAUUCAGCAGUAAUUGCUAUACAACUAAAGCUAGAGUUGAAAUUUAUAUAUGUAUAUUUAGUUCAAUUUUGUGGAUUACCCAUGUACACGAUUACUUCUUCUGGACAUCGAUCCGAGCAGCGAAUUUAAUUAUCCCAAAAUCUUGAAAUUUAAAUUGUCAUCUUUUACAGUUUUCUAGAACUUGAAAAUAAUAUCAAGAUAUGUCAAUCGAUGUGGAAACGAUAUAAACUACGCUUGAUUAAAGCCUUAAUGUAACGUUAUCAAUCGCAUUAGGGAUCUCGAACAUACUUUUCAAAGUGGGACAUUAUUCCAUAUUUCGUAGUAUUUAAUUUUUUCCAGUCGCUUUUGUAUACUGGCGUGUGACAAUGAUAAUGGAAACAUGAUUUUGUUUGCUGAUACUGCAAAUAAAACGGAGAAUCAGGUUCCUGUAUGUGUGGACGAUUGCGCGUAUUCGUUUUGUGCAAUUAAAUUGUAUCGGAUUUGAUAAUUUUCUCUAGUUCUUUACAUUCGCGCCAAUGCUGAGAUUUUAUUACAUAUCUUGAUAAGAAAAAUCAAUGGUUGUCAACUUAGCUAUUUACUUAUUGAAAACAUGUGUAAACAAAAUAAUGUUUUCAUAAGAUAUCUUUCUAUACAAAUUUAUUCGAUCAUUUUCAUCGUAACUUCAUCAAUGCGCAUGAACAAGAAUUCUAGAUUAUUCCUAGAUCCUGUUGUACUAUAUUAAAUUAAUAUACUUUCAAUACACAUUCACACCUAAUUUACCGUAUACAUGAUCGUGUACUCGUCCGCAGUUACUAUAGCGAAUUUUAAUAAAUAGCUACAUAUGUCUCGUAAUCUUAUUUAUUAUAGGAAAAAUUUGGUGAUUGAUUAGUACCUUUUUUUGAGCGUCUUAAAUAAAUUUGGAACUGUAA